UCGCCGUUUUGAGACACGCUAAGCCAGUGUUUCAAAUCAUUUUAUCUGUACCAAUUACGUUAUGACAAUUGUGUGCUUACCAAUAUUGUGGGCCACCCUAGUGGUGCUCACUGUUCAAGUAAGAACAAAACAAGUAAAAAAAAUGGAUUCUUUGGAGCAAGCUUCAGAAGAAAAUGUGAAUGAUGAACAGUUAGGACCGAUAAUCAAAAAUAAGAAUGUGAACAUCAACGUGAAUGUGAACGCUCAGGAAUUGGCUCAAGAAUUGUGGAAGAUAAUAGAGCCUCGUUUAAACAAUCGCACUAAUCAUAUCACCAACGCAAAGAGCAUUAAGAAGGAUCUCAAAGAAGCUGUAAUACCUCUAGUGUCACAAAACAGAAGAAGCGGAACAUCCCCGCCUGUCUUCCAAGUGGCAACUCAACUCGAUAAGAUCACCCGAAGGGCUAUCACCAGAGACUCGCCGAGCAUAAAUAUGUUAGACGAAGAGAUCAUGACGAGAUACAUCGUGGCAGAUAUGAUGGCCUUCCUGAAGAUAAUUUUAUCGAAACAAACUUGUCCGAAGACUAACCAGAAGGAUAGUCAUAGCAGAAGGAUGAUUCAACGUUCUGAUACGACAACAAUGUCGGACGAUGAUGAGCAAAAUUAUGCAAAUAACACCCAAGAUCUCUCAACGCCGAAAAAGAAACAACAAAAGAAAGACACAAUGAGGGCAAUGAAUAAUAAUGAAAACGUUAAUAUUAAUGAAAAUUACAACACCAAUCUUGAUGCCUUGAAACGGCAUCAUAGACGUUCUUUUGGCGAUGAUUCACGUUUACGCAAAAUGCGCAAUCAAAAUGCGAAUAGUAACGUCAAUUUGAAUAGCAAUGUAAACGCAAAUAGAAACGAUGCAUUCGAUUUCAGCGACGAAGACGUUUAAAUGCAGAUAAACUUCGACCUCCUCCUAAAAAAAUCAAAAUUAUAAACAUUGCUGCACCUGAUUGUAAUUUCUCUAAAACUAUCUAUUACAAUAAUAAAAUAAUAGAACCAAA